AAAGGACAUGUCAGCAGUGAGAGAAAGUAAUACUCCUGCCAAGUAAACAAAAGCAGGGGGCGCAAAAGAGGCCUUUUCCGGAGCAUAAGUUAUUGGGCGUUGCAGCGGUGCUGCUGUGUUCCCAGAGCCUGCCUGCCUGCAGACGAGCUGGUGCUGCAGUGACCAACGCGGCAGCCAUGACCACGACCACGACCAAGACGAUGGGGAGGAGAGGAGGAGCUGCGGCCAUUGGAGCGGCGCUGCUGUUCUUGGCCGCCGCCUCCCUGGGGGUUCAUGCCAACACCGACUCAAACGAUGUGACAGCCCUCAAUGUCUUCUAUACAACAAUGAACCACCCACCCCAGCUGAAAAACUGGGUGUCACAAAAUGGAGAUCCCUGCGGGCAGUCGUGGCAGGGGAUCACUUGCUCGGGUUCCAGAGUGACAGCAAUAAACUUACCGGGCAUGAGUCUUAACGGGACUUUGGGAUACAAUAUGAACCUACUGACUGCACUAGUGCAGCUUGAUAUGAGCAAUAAUAAUCUUGGAGGCAGUGACAUUCCCUAUAAUCUUCCUCCAAAUCUCGAGAAAAUAAAUCUUGCUGGAAAUCACUUCACUGGAACCACACCAUACUCUAUUUCCCAAAUGGUCGCACUUAAGGAUUUAAAUCUUGCUCAUAACCAGCUCUCAACCAUCAGUGAUAUGUUUAACCAGCUCACCAACCUAACAACAAUGGAUAUCUCAUUCAACACAUUUUCUGGUAAUAUUCCACAAAGCUUCAACUCUAUAACAAGUUUGAAAACACUUUAUCUGCAGAACAACCAAUUCAGUGGUACGAUAGAUGUCCUUGCCAAUCUUCCUCUCGCUGACUUAAAUGUCGCGAACAACCAAUUCACCGGCUGGGUCCCUGAUAAGCUAAAGAAAAUAAGGAGUCUACAGACAACUGGAAACUCAUUUAGCAAUGGUCCCGCGCCACCACCCCCACCAGCUACAAAUCCAACGCCAACGCCAACGCCUCAACGUCCUGCUCUUCCAAGUAGUAAUGACAACAAUGGCCCAUCCGACAGUGGCAGCAAACACUCCAAACUACAAGGUGGUGCAAUAGCAGGAAUUGUUAUAUGUUUGCUGGUUCUUGGUGCAAUGUUUGCAUUCUUUGUGAUCAAGAGGAAAUCUUGGAAGUUGUCACGAGGACGAGACCCCGAACAGAAGGAACCUCUCAGUCCCAUUGCUUCAGGAUUUAAACAGAUGAAGUCCAUCAAGAUCAUCUCAACAACUGGCAAGGAUCAAUUUCACAAGACUGUUUCAAUGAGCUUAAAACCUCCGACAAAAAUUGACUUGCACAAGUCCUUCGAUGAAAAUGAUCUCACAACCAAGUCUGUUACAAGGAAGAUAAGUUUGUCUUCCAUCAAAAUACCUGCAUACACAGUUGCAGACCUACAGAUAGCAACAGGAAGCUUCAGUGCUGACCAUUUCAUCAGUGAGGGAUCAUUUGGACGUGUUUUCAGAGCACAAUUCAACGAUCAGAAGGUCCUGGCUGUAAAGAAAAUCAACUUUUCUUCAUUCCCAGGCUAUCCUUCUGAUUUGUUCAUUGAGUUGGUUGCAAAUAUUUCAAGGCUAAAUCAUCCAAACCUUGCUGAGUUAGUUGGCUACUGUUCAGAGCAUGGGCAGUGCUUGUUGGCAUAUGAAUUCUAUCAAAAUGGUUCUCUGUGUGACUUACUUAACCUGGUGGAUGAUCAAAGCAAACCGCUGUCCUGGAAUAGCCGUGUAAAGAUUGCUCUUGGAUCUGCAAGGGCAUUAGAAUACCUACAUGAAACAUGUUCGCCAUCUGUGAUCCACAAGAAUUUCAAGUCAUCAAACAUUUUACUGGAUAAUGAGCUGAACCCCCACCUUUCGGAUUCUGGUUAUGGAGAUCUUAUUCCUAACCAGGAAUUCCAGCAAUCAGAAGAAAACUCAGGAUAUAGGGCACCUGAGGUAGCCAUGUCUGGCCAAUACUCACUGAAGAGCGAUGUAUAUAGCUUCGGAGUAGUCAUGUUAGAGCUCCUCACUGGCCGCAAACCUUUCGACAGGUCCCGACCACGGUCCGAGCAGUCGCUGGUCCGAUGGGCCGCCCCGCAGCUGCACGACAUCGACGCGCUGGACCAGAUGGUCGAUCCGGCGCUCCAGGGGCUGUACCAUUCCAAGUCCCUGUCCCGCUUCGCCGACGCGAUAGCCCUUUGUGUGCAGGCCGAGCCAGAGUUCCGGCCGCCUAUGUCCGAGGUCGUCCAGUCGCUGGUCCGUCUCGUGCAGCGGGCGAACAUGACGAGGAUGUCCAGCAGCGAGAGCUACACCCGGCGCGACGGCGAAUCGGCAGUGUUGGAUCUCAGGCAAUCUCUCAGCUCGUCAAGGAAAGCGCCGGGGUACGCCAACCCAUGCAGGGCCCGUUCGUACACGCGAAAUGUGCUGACCGGAAGUUCCGCUGCCGACCAAGAGAUUGUGAUUGCUCUGGGAAGCAAUGUGGGGGAUAGGAUCGGUUCGUUCGACAGGGCGCUGCGGCUGAUGAAAGACUCAGGCAUAAAGAUCACCAGACACGCCUGUCUGUACGAGACAGCCCCUGAGUAUGUGACGGACCAGCCGCGGUUCCUCAACUCUGCUGUUCGGGGCACGACCAAGCUGGGGCCUCAUGAUUUGCUCAAGAAGCUGAAGGAGAUCGAGAGGGAUAUAGGGCGGACCGCCGGGAUAAGGUAUGGCCCAAGGCCGAUCGAUCUGGAUAUUCUCCUGUAUGGCGACUCCCGUAUCAGUACCGAGACCCUGACUGUGCCACAUGAACGCAUCCGUGAGAGGCAAUUCGUUUUAGCUCCUCUUGUUGAUCUUCUAGGGUCCUCGGCUGACGAUCCUAUGGAGAAAAGCUGGCACUCCCUCUCGAAGUGCAGCGGUGGCUUCUUUGAUGUGUGGAACGAGCUUGGUGGUGAAUCUUUAAUUGGGACACAAGGUAUCAAGAGGGUUAUGGCUGUUGGAAAUCGUCUGUUGGAUUGGAGUGAGAGGACCCUUGUCAUGGGGGUGCUUAAUUUGACGCCGGACAGCUUUAGUGACGGAGGUAAGUUUCAAGAAGUGGAGGCUGCCGUUGCUCAGGCCAAGUUGUUGAUAUCACAAGGUGCAGACAUAAUUGAUAUUGGUGCUCAAUCCACCAGGCCCUCUGCAACAAGACUAUCUGCAAACGAAGAACUUGAGAGGCUGGUCCCUGUUCUGGAUGCAAUCACCAAAAUCCCCGAGAUGGAAGGGAAGCUGAUCUCAGUAGACACAUUCUACGGACAAGUCGCUGCUGAAGCUGUGAAAAGAGGAGCCACCAUGAUUAAUGAUGUGUCUGGCGGACAGCUUGACCCAAGUAUUCUUGAAGUUGUAGCUGAACUUGGAGUUCCAUAUGUUACCAUGCACAUGAGAGGUGAUCCAUCAACUAUGCAGAGUGAACAGAAUUUACAGUAUGAUGAUGUCUGCAAAGAAGUUGCUUCUGAAUUAUAUGCACGGUUAAGAGAAGCUGAGUUGUCUGGAAUUCCUUUGUGGAGGAUAGUUCUUGAUCCCGGCAUUGGGUUUUCGAAGAAAUCCAAACAUAAUCUUGAAAUAAUCAACGGCUUGGGAUCCAUUAGAAAAGAGAUGGGUAAAGUGAGUUUAGGUGCUUCACAUGUGCCAAUAUUACUUGGACUCUCAAGGAAAAGAUUCUUAGGUGAGAUAUGCAACCGUGCCGAUCCAGUUGAGAGAGAUGCCGCUACUGUUGCUGCCAAUGCAGCUGGGAUUAUGAAUGGUGCUAAUAUAUUAAGGGUCCAUAAUGUUCGUUGUGGCGUGGAUACUGCAAAGGUCUCUGAUGCAUUGCGCAUGGUCAAAUGAAAAGGUACACCACCAGAAAAGUAUUGAGACCAGUCUCCAGUUUUGUACAAGAGAAUGGUGAUGUAGAUUUGUAGAGUAGUUACUGUCACAUCAUUGGCUUCCCAGUUCAUACCUCAUACCAUAUCGGGUGUAUGAUCACUUAAUAAAGCAAUGAAAGCUUGUGUAUAACUUUUGCCAUAAACCAGAUGUCCAUUUUCUUGCGCUGGCUCCUUCCUAGAAUCUUCAAGGAAGCAAAGGAUUUUAAAACCGACCGGCUUGUAAGGAUUUUCAUGCGUGGCUCAUGUGCCAUUUUUAUCCCUGGCCACUCCUGAAACCGCAAGUAACUGCAAGUGGGGGAUGAUCAUUGCUAAAGGAAACCCUAUCAGUGAUUCAAGUCGGAUUUUCGAGGCCUUGUCUUCUCUAGAUGUAUUGUACUUCCCUGUCAAAUGAUUAUAUAUAUAUAUAUGCCUUGAGGACUCUUAUUCUUGACAACCUGUUCUGUGCCAUGUGUA